UGUAACAAAUUAUGUGAUUAUAUACCUUAUUUAUCGUAUAAUAAACCCAAAAACAUGUCUACAAAUCAAACGUUUGGAGUUGUGUUUGUAUCACUCAAACAUGUUUAUCUAAAUAAAGAAAUGUUUUUGGUAAAAGGGAUAAUAUGUUUUUCUGGCAUAAAAUGUUGGUAUGUCUUUUCAUGUUGUUGCUUAGGACAGGUGUACGAAUGGAGACGUGUUUGUGUUGGAAACACCUAUACAUUUCCGGUUUGUAUGAAAAGUCACUUUAACCAAGAUAUUGCAUUUCAUGUCAUGCAACUGUUUAUGGCUAUAUCCGGAGUGUUAUUGUCGGAGGUUAGACUACUUUCAUCACAUCGUGACAUGUGUCAUCCUGGGUUGAUGGGGUUGGAAAAAAAGGGGGAGCGAAGUUGCCUGAAAGGUAGGAUACGCUUUGUUGACAGUAAUCUCAUUGAAAGGCAAGAAUGAGAAGCCUUAAACAGGACUAGUGACCAACACCAUUUCAAGCCUUUCAAUUUGAUUAAUCGAUCGGCAGAUUAUCCUCACAUUUAUGUUCAAGAAAUCCUUUGAUGCAUCUAGUUGUUCCACAUGAGUAAACUUGUUCGUGGCCAUCGACAGUGAAAUUUAAAAGCAGAGAGAAACAACAAUAUGGUUUAUGUUUUUGUGAACGGAAAUGGCUUUGGUGGUCAAGUUUAUGGAUUUCUCUUUCUUGAUUAGGUGAACUGUAGAUCUCAAGGAUGGGAAGGUAGAGGUGGAACAGAGGUGUCAAAUCCCUCUUCAGAUUAAGCAUGCUUUUAUGAUAUAGCAUUUAAUGCUUGAGAGACAACCACUCUAAUCACAAAACCGUACGAUUCAACACUCUAUCAUAAUUUUAUGAUAUAUCUUUUAAAUAAACGCAAAAUACAUUAUUUGAUUAUAAUACAAAGAGUUUAUUUAUUCA